AGAUUUUGUUUUCAAGAUUUGAAGUGCGGUUCGUAUGGAGUGCAUAUCUUCGCGUGAUAACUAGAUUGAAAAAGAAAGUGAAUUGAAUUGUAAUAAAUAUUUUGACAGCACAAUUUGUUUUAAUUAGUUUUAGUUUGACAUUAUCGAAUUAGCAAAUAAACGAUCACGCGGAAAAUGUUUUCUUUGUCGCGAAAAUGGACACAACUACGCUCCAGCAUAAAUGCAAUCUCAGGAGCAAGUGCAACCAAUACCAGAAGCAACAACAAUAUUGGUAAUUCAACGCAUUACCAAUGUACAAUAACUCCCAAUGAUAAGCAAAAGCAAUUAAUUGUUAAAGCGGAGAAACGGCACACACUCGCGAAGAGAUUCCAACGCUCUUUAUCAACAUUGGGGAACCAUUCAGAGCCAAAAGCUGCACGCAUAGAGGCCUCAAAAGAUGAGAGAAAUGCAUUCAUGGCCGUAUUUCCAGAUGUUUUGCGCGAACUCAGCGAGGCAGCUAAAAGAUACACAACUCCUGAGGCCGAAAACUGGUACACAAAGGCUCUGCAGUACAAUUUGCCACACGGCAAAAAGAAUCGUGGCCUACUUGCCGUUUUAACGUAUAAAAAUCUAGUCAAACCUGAUGCGCUCAGUGCGGAAAAUUUAAAAUUGGCCCAAUACCUGGGUUGGUGUGUCGAAAUGGUACAAUGUUUCUUCCUCAUUAACGACGACAUGAUGGACAACAGCACUACACGUCGUGGUCAACUGUGUUGGCACAAAUUGGAGGAGGUUGGCUUUAUAGCCAUCAAUGAUGCGCUUAUGAUUGAGAGUGGAGUUUAUGAAAUACUACGCAAUAAUUUCCGCCACUUGGAUUGCUAUGUUGAUCUGCUCGAAUUGUUCCAUGAAAUAACAUUCAUCACAACUUGUGGGCAAUCCAUGGACUUACUGAAUGCUAAUAAGAGUGUCAACUCAUUCACUAUGGACAAAUAUAAUUUGGUUGUCUCGAACAAGACUUCUCAUUACACUUUCUAUUUUCCGGUAGCAUUGGCCUUACAUUUAGCGGGCGUUAAAGAUCCGGAAAUUUUCCGUCAAUCCAAAACCAUUCUAUUGGAGAUGGGUCAUUUAUUCCAAGUACAAGAUGACUUCCUUGAUUGUUUUAGCAAUCCCGAGAUUAGUGGCAAAAUAGGCACAGAUAUACAGGAUAAUAAGUGUUCCUGGUUGGCGGUGACGUGCAUGCAGCGAGCUAGUCCGGAGCAGAGAGCAAUUAUGGAGGAGUGUUAUGGGAAAAAUGAUUCCGAGAAAAUCGCGCGUGUUAAGCAGCUCUAUAAAGAAUUAGACAUUGCCAGGAGCUUUGCCAUAUACGAAGAAGAAAAAUACAAUAUGAUAAAAACACAGAUCCAGCAAACCACGUGUGGCAUACCACAGGAAGCGUUCUUACAAUUACUUAAUAAAAUAUAUCGCAGGGACUCAUAAGUCGAAACACAAGAAGAAACCCCAAAACGAAUACAGCUGAUUUGUGCAGUUAAACGAGCAGCUCUUAAUCUGUGGGGCUUUUACGCGUUAUGAGGAUGUUUAUGUUUAAACAUUGAUGGGGUCGGGUUGUAUGCAAUCUGGAACACAAACUUAAUUUUAUCUAGUUAAAAUAAUAGGUUUUACACUUCAUUGAAAACCUAAGAACUGGUAUCAAUAUUAGUAAAUAAAGGGAAUUUAUGUAUAAAUUUGAAACGAUUGCGAAACGAACGAAUUAAUAAAUUUUUUAAUUUAGUA